CAGGGCCAGACCCCAUGCUCUAAUCCCUGUGAUGGGAUUAGCCAGAGCCUCCUCUGCCUGAGCAGCCUGAAGGAGCGGCCUGGACCUGGAGCCUCCUGGCCGCUCGGUGGUGGUGGUGGAGCAGCAUGCGCCGCCCACCAUGGAGCCUUUGCUGGGCAGGCUGCGCUGCUGUGGGAUGGAAGACGCCCCAGCGCAGGACAGCUACGAGGAGCAACUCAGACAAGUCUUUGACGGCUUCGACGCCAGCGGCUGUGGGUCGCUCAGCUCCGAUGAACUCGCCGACCUCUGCCUUGCGCUGCAUCUGGACGAUGCUGCCCCGCUUCUGCUGGACGCUCUGCUGCAGGACCAGGACCGACUCACCUCCAGGGUGGACUUCCAGCAGUUCAAGAGUGCGCUGAUCCUGGUGCUGUCGUCUCCACCGGCACAGCAGGAGCCUGCGGCCGAGCCAGAGUCUGCUGAGAUCCAGCCCAAGUUUGUGAAGGGCACCAAGCGCUAUGGACGACGCUCCACCCCAGAAUUCCUCCAGCCAGUUUCAGACGUCACCGAGCUCACCCAAGCCGCCGAGGGAGGGGAGCGGGAGGAGAGCGAUGAGUCAGCAGUUCCCAGGAAGCGUGAGCGCUGGAACGCUCAGGAGCCCAGCACGGAGGAGUUUGAGGCUGAAGGUCAGAUGCACCUGUGGAACCCCGACGAGCCCGGCACCCCCCGGAAGCCCAGCGCUCCCCUGACGGCCCGUCUGCAGGAGCGCGUGCGGGAGGCCUGCGAGCACCUCUCCAUCUGCUGGGACGGCUGUGCCAGCCUGGUGGAGCUGCUCUCCCUGUGUGAACACCUGGGCUUGGAGAUUAACGGAGACGUGAUCCAGAGCUUGAAUGGCGAGGAGGUCAGGAACGUUCAGGAGUUUGUGUCCAGUCUGGUGAGCUUCAGCGCCCCCCCCACACCCUCCGCCUCCACCCCGUACAGACAGCUGAAGAGGCUCCACUCCACGCAGCCCUUCGAUGACGACGGCCGGCGCACGGCCAACCCCUCCUCGCUGACCUGCACCAUCGGAACGCGGCUCUUCUCCACACUGGACGACGGCACUGGUUUCACCGCGGUUGAAUACCUGGUCGACGCUUGGUUGGACGAAGGGAUCGAGAACAGCAGCGAGAUCCUGCAGGCGCUGAACUUUGACUUGGAUGGGAAGCUGAGUCUCAGUGACCUGACCUUGGCGCUUGAAAACGAGCUGCUGGUCAGCAAGAACGGGAUUCAUCAAGCUGCCGUGGCCAGUUUCAAAGCUGAGAUCCGAUACCUGCUGGAGUGUGUGGAGACGGAGCACAGAGAGAAGGAGAAGCUCCGCUCGGACCUGGAGAAGGCUGAGAGGCUGAAGACUCAACUGGCUGCUGAGGUGGAUGAACAUCACUCGUCCAUCGAGCAGAGCAACACCUUGAAUCUGAGAAAACUGGAGCAGGAGCACCGGGAGAAGCUGGCGGCGGUUCGAGCGCAGCUGAGCCGGGAGCUGGAGCAGGUCCAGCAGCAGGCGGCGCUGCAGAGGGAGGAGCUGGAGGCCCAGAUCCACAAGUGCAGGGAUGACGAGUCCCUCCUCAGGGACCACCUGUCCGUCACCAUGAAGGAAAACAGGCGUCUGGAAAUGGAGGUGCUGGAAAGCAGCGAGCGGAUAGUGGAGCUGCGAGCGCAGGUCUCCAAACUCCACACCAGCCUGGGCAGCGUGCUGACAGAGAAGUUUGGGGACUUGGACCCCGGCAGUGCCGAGUUCCUCCUGCAGGAGGAGCGCGUCCGUCAGCUCCAGUCUGGCUACGAAGCCCGCUGCAGGGAGCUGCAGGACCGUAUUGACGAGCUGCAGUCGGAGCUGCAGGAGCUCCACACGCUGGCUCCCAGCCACACGUCCUGCCACAGGCCUCUCUCUGAGGAGCUGGAGAGCAAAAGUCCCGGCAUGGAGUCGGACCCAGGCAUCGGGUCGGAGGAGGUCCAUCCUUUCAGCCUGAGCCUGGAGGCGGAGAUGAAGCUGGAGCAGCUGAGAGAGCAGCAUGGCCGAGAAAUGGAGCUUCUGAGGAACCAGCUGGAAAACAAGAUUAAUGAGCUGAACAGGACGUUGGAAAGUCAGGGCUCCAGCCUCCAGGACCAGGCAGCCGUCUCUCAUCAGCACCAGGAGGAGCUGCAGGGCCUGAGGGAGCAGCUGUCCAGAGCCCAGCAGCGCAGGGAUGAGCUCCAGAGCCAGCUCGAGCAGGCGGCGCUGGAGCGGAGCCACGCCGCUGAGAAGGAAGCGGCGGAGCUGCAGCAGCAGGAGGAGAUGCUGGGAGAUCUGCGGCUGCAGCUGCUGGAGGCCAGCGACUUGAAGACCGGUCUGGAGGAGCAGCUGAAGAUGGCCCAGCUCCAGAAGGCUGCCAUGGAAAGCCAACUGGAGGAGCUCCGAGAGCAGCACCGCAGGGACCUGGCAACCAUGGAAUCUGACUUGAGGGAGAAGAUUGCUGCACUUGAGGAGGACAAGAAGGACUUUGAGAAGGAGACAGCGCUGCUCCGGCAGAAGUAUGAGGCGGAGCUUCAAGCCCAACUGCGAGAAGCAGACUGUAAGUUGGAGGAGGAACGUGCCAAAGUGGAGCAGGAGCUGAAAGAUCUGUGGCAGACGGAACGAGCUCAGCUGGAGGAGCGGAGUAACGACCUCCUGCAGGCUCUCCUGGAGGACGCCAUGCUGAAGCUGGUCCAGGAGCAGGAGGAGAAGGAGAAGCAGUGGCAGAGCGAGAAGGCUGACCUCCUUCAGCAGCACAGGGAGGCUGAGGAGAGGGCCCAGCUGCAGGAAGAGCUGAAGCAGGAGUGGGAGGAGGAGAGGCUGCAGCUGGAGGAGGACUACCAGGCAAUGCUCCAGGAAAGACUCCACCAAGAGAGAGGGAAGUUUGAGGCGGAGAAGCAGGAACUUGAAAAAGCGCUGGCAGGUUCACUGGAGGAGGAGAGGGCCCGCCUGGAAGAGGCUCACCGGGAAGCUCUCCAGACCCUGACCACCAAGCACUCGGAGGAAAGGAACUCGCUCUCCAUCACGCUGAGGAAGCUGCGGGAGGACAUCGCCCAGGAGAGGAAGGAGAUGGAGAGCAGCUUCUCCCAAAGACUGAAGAGCGUGGAAGAGCGUUUUUCAGGUGACCACCAGUCUGUGGAGGAGCGGUUCCGGGCCGACGUUUUGAGGCUGGAAGAUCAUUACCAGAGUGAGCUCCAGCUGCUGUCGGAGAGUCACGCCCGAGACAAGCAAGGGUGGGAGGCCCAGAUGCAGAGGGCCCUUGAGAUCUCUGAGGAACAACGGGUGAAGAUGGAGACCCUGGAACAAGACAAAGGACAGCAGAAGCAGAACCCAGUCACAGACUUCCAUAAAGAGGAAGUGGAAGCCCUCUUGAUGAGUAACCAGCAGCUGCAAGAAGAUAAGGGCCACUUGAUUACUAUGGCCCAGACCAAGGAGAUGGAGCUGGGCAGGCAGCUGAAUGACCUACAUGACCGUCUUCAGCAGAGCCUGCAGUGCCAAGAGGAGCUGCUGGCUCGCUCCAUCCAGAAACGGAUGGAAACAGAGCUCCUGCUGAAUCAGACGGUGGAGGACUUCCAGCACGAGAGAGCGGAGCUCCACAAACACCAGUGCCAGCUGGAGCUCAAGUACGAGUCGCAGACUGCUGAGAGGACCGAGCUGCUGGCGGAGCGGGAGCGUUUGAACAUGAAGAUACAAGAGUUGGAGGUCCUGCUUCAGCAGGCUGUCGUGGACUUUGAGCUGGAGCGGCAGGAGCUCCAGGGCUGUGUGAGCGAGCUCCAGCAGCGGCUCGCGGCGGUCGGCGUGGUGUACCAGGAAUUUGCUGCAGAAGGAGAUCUAUGUCCAGAGAAGACAUGGGUCUGUCAAGUUGAGAUGAAGAUGGAGGAUGAAGAAGGGACGGUGAGCGCCAGCUCUCAGGAACGUAAGCGUGAAGCCCUCGGCCUCGGCUCAAGCAGGAGGGGUUCUUGUCACGAGAAGGAAACCAGCGGUGCUUCUGUUGAGUCGAGAACUGAAGCUCCUUCAGUCCAGCAGGUCUCUCUUGAGACGUUCCAUCAGGACUGUAGCCCCAGCACCGGAGAGGGCGGGGUCCACGAGUCAUGUGACGGAGGUGAACCGCACCAGGAAGCGUCUCUCAACACGAGCUCCCCUUCUCAGGAGAACAAGCUGGCUCCUGAGCUUCAUGAGGUUGUGGGAGCUCCAUCACGGCUCGGUGAGACAGGUGGCCCUGGUGAACCUUCUGGCGAUGAUACUGAGUUGAGCAGUUUAGCGAGCGAUUCUCAGGAGCUGGUGGAAGACAGCGACUGUGGCUCACUGUGUGAACACUCGACCACCAAGACAGAAGGCAGCUCACAUGAUGGAGCUAGUGAGACUCCAUGUCCUGCAGCCACAGAGCAGAACCUUCUCCUUCAUGAGAAGAUUGUGCUGCUCCAGCAGAAGAACACGGUGUUGCAAAAUGUUCUGGCUCACAAGAACGAGAGGCUGAGGUCAGGACAGCAGUGCGUGGAGGACAACCUCAGACUCCGGGUCAAGCUCUCCCUGUUGCUGGAGCACGUCAGGGUGCUGGAGCUGCAGGCCCUGCAGAUGGCCGAGCUUCAGAUCCGCUACGAGGACUGCAUGUGCGAGAACGCCAAACUGAAGGAGCAGAACGGAGAGCUGGAGCAGAGGGUCUGGAGCCUGGAAAGCAGCUGGAGUCUGUCGCCCGAAGCCGAUUCCCUGUGCUCGCUCCGUGAGGUCAGUCAGCUGCGGAGCGACAACCUCAGGCUCUCCGGGAUGUUCGCUGCCUUCCAAGCCUCAGAGCUGCAGGACCAGUGUCCCAGUCUCGGCCACGCUCCCCAGGCUCAUAGCGUGAAGAACAGCCAGCUGACGGAGGCCAACCAGACUCUGAGGAAGAGGAUCCUCACGCUGCAGGAGGAGGAUCUGAAGGAGAAGGAGCAGGAGCUGUUGCACGCUCUGCAGGAUCUGGACAAGGAGAAGACUGCAGCUCAGCAGGCCUCCGAGAGCUUCCACUGCCAGAUUUCCGAGCUGCGUCUUCAGAGUCAGAACCUGGAGAAGGAGAACCUGGUGCUGUCGCAGAGAAACGCCCAGAAUGUUGCUGAAAUGGAGACGCUGAAACUGCAGCUGGCCCGAGUGAGGGAGGAGGGGCCGAGCGCCAGAGGCCUGAGACAGACGGCUGAAGAACACAGAGCUGCCAGUGGCAGGAAGAGUCGCCCUGAGAAGGUGAAGAGUCACGACGAGACGCUGCACAAACAAAACGCCCGUCUGAGGUCGGAGCUCAGCGCUGUGCAGCAGCAGAGGGAUUCGCUCCGAUGUGACGUGGCCCUUCUGAACAAGCGGCUCCUCAGCUCUUCAGCCUCCAAACUGGUGACGUCCCCGCAGAGCCAGCGCCAGACCAGGAAGCACCCGCUGAAGCAGUGCAAAGACUCAAAGGCUGGAGCUCUGAAGAAGCAGGAGGAGCCGAGGCACGCUGGAGAGCCGGUGCCGCUGCUGAAAGCUCUGGAGCAGGAGAACGCCUGGCUGAAGCAGGAGCUGGAGUCCAGGACGGAGGUGGAGGACGGAGGCAGGGAGCUGGAGAAGCUCAGGCUGGAGAACCAUGAGCUCAAGGAGCAGCUGAGCCGGGCCAAUUCUCAGGCCAUCAACGCGCUGCAGGGUCACUUCCUGGGACUCCUGCCGUCCUCGCCUCAGCGGACCCCCCGAGGACAGCGGGCUGAGGACCCCGAGAACCUGCAGGAAGACCGAGAGAAGCGGUGGAAGGAGACGGAGGCCCGGAUGAGGGAGACGGAGCUGUCGCUUCACAACGUCAAGCUGAUGCUGAAAGAGAAGGUCGCUCAGCUGAACGACCAGGUUCUGAGGAACAGCCGGGCCGCGGUACUGAUCCGGGACGUGUACGCGGAGAACGCUCGAUUGCUGCUGGUUCUGGAGACGACGGAGCAGCGACUGAAGAGGACGGAGAAGAUGAACUACCUGUUGGAAGAGAAGGUCUCCAGUCUGAACAAGAUCGUCCGCCGCCUGAACCCCGUGAGCCUCGCGCUGAUGUCCCACCACAGCCAGUGAGCGGUCCCACCCACCGUCAGCCCGCUAAUGAGUGGAGAGUCCUUCUCUUUGUGCGUGCCAACGUGUGCUGUGCUCCUGCUGUGCCGCUGCCACCAACCUGCGCUGUAGUUUCUCAUGCCAAGCAGAAACCAGUUCUCAAGUCAAACACGCUUCGGCCCCCGGCGCCUCUGGCACCCAGCCCUGUUUGUCUUUGCCACAUGUCUGCGGUUGUUUGUCUCCCGAGCGAAGACUGUAUCUGAAGGAGGUGGCGUCUUCUGCUCAGGUGCUGCCGAGGCCCCGCCUCCCGGGACAGAAACAAUAAAGACGCCUUUUAAC